AUGGCACGCUGGAGACUUCGAAUGGAAGACUUCGGGCGACGACAGGAGGGCGGCAAUCGGACGAGUGAAGCCUGGCAUCAGCCGCGCUGGGCCUCCAAGGCAUUGAUCUCCAAAGGCGAAGAGGAGCGACCCAUGAGCAGCGGGUCGACGCGUUGUCCUUCCUCGGCCCGUUGCUCCCGGGGAAGGCAGUCGCCGCAGUCACCAGCUCCCAGUGUCGAGACCAGGGCGCCCUCCCCAAACAGCCCCGCCUGUUGGGCUCAGCCAGCUCCGCCAAGCUUGAGAGCCAGCAGUGACACUUGGGCCACGCGAGUGGACCCAAAGCAACGAGGCCAGGAGAAGGAUUAUCCCGCGACUUACAGCAUAAAGCCUGGAGAUCUCGGAGGAUCUCUUCUUCCGGACUACCCCCUUUGGGUGACCUUGCAUGGUGGGAACGGCCGCUGGCAGCAGGCUCGCGCUCAGAACCAGUGGGCCCAGAUGCUGGUGGAGCACGAGGCCGCUAUGGCGGCAAAGAAGCUGGAGACCGAACGCCAGCGCCUGCGCCGCGCCGAGGUUGCCAGGAUUCGGCGAGCUGAGGAGGAAGAGCUCCGGCGCCGAGUGGAGGAGGCUGAACAAGACAAGCGGCGCAGAAAGGAGGAGGAACUCCGCUUGCAAAUGCAGCGGGAGGAGGAGGCUCGAAGGGCGAAGCUGGAAGAGGAGCGCCUCCUAGAGCUGAUGCAGCCACGGAAGUGUCAAAGGUGCGAAGGCUCCGGCCGCUGUGCCAACUGCCAGGGAGAAGGCUCUGUGGAUGUGCUUUUCCUCGCGCCGUCCGUGGGUUCCAGGCCAAUGCCUAUCUUGCAGGGCCGCAGGCCCCGAGGAUGCAGGCAGUGUGGGGGAGCCGGUGACGGUGCUCUUCUUCGGGACUUCGUUGCCGGAAGCGGCCGAUGUGAUGUUUGUAAAGGCGAGCGCUUCAUCAAGCCGCCCCCAGGUGGCUUCAAGACGCCUGCGAAAGCGGAAGCGCCCCUUCCGACCUCCCGCAGGACCUCGCGGGAUAACGAGGCGUUGCAUGGGUCGACACCGGAUGCCACCGCUCUACCAGAGUGA